CAGUCACCAUAAGAGAAGAUCAUUCUCUCUUGAAGAAAGACGCGUGAGCCUGGGGUUGAACCAUUGUCUACCUAAACCUGUAAGGAGGUAGAAACAAACAAAAACAAACACUGAGGGAAAAACAAGGUCGAGCAGAUUAUCCUUCUCGAGGGCUGCCGAGGAAAGAGAAAUCGAUGUAAAAGAUUUAAAACUCGCUUGUAAAAUUAAUUAUCUUACAUCAUUUCCCCUCUACUAACAGGCUAUGAACGAAAUUACAAAUCGACAAGGUUUCGGAAGGGAAACGGAGUGGCUUCCGAGUCAUUGGGAAUUCAGUUGUGUUAGCGAAAGUGCAGACGUCUUCAUUUCACUUUCAUUGUGUACUGUCAUGCAACGGACGCACCAUUGUCCUCCUUUUCGACUUUUCCCUCUCGCUCUGUUUCCAGAGUUUUUACAGUUCUUCAAACAUUUGCAGGCUCCUUUCUUGAUCAAAGUACACCUUUGGAGAUCUCCCGAGCAAAGAGGACAAGGGAUUGAAAAUACUCAGUUGAAAAGAAAAGGGCUUCAAGUAGUUGAGAGAGACAAAACAUUCUCGCGUGAAGUUUCAAAUUCUGCGUUGUGGAUUAACCUUGUCGCGGACGUGGUCAGAUAUGACCUGGCAACCGACAAGAUCAUAAUACUUGGACAGGGGGGUGUGAUGCACUGAUUAUAUAAACCACUGAAUAACGUACCAGGGAAUGCCACCUUCAUUUCUUCGUCAAGCUUGGCAUCGUUGGACAUCCGACCAUUUCUUUCCUAUGAAUAAAUUUACAAGGUCACUAUUUCAAUACCAGUCUAGUCUCAUUCUGUUCUUUACUUCAAGAAAUUCCCAUAAUUUUAGAAUAAAUGCGUUUUGCUACU